AUGGCCAAUCCACCAACGUUACCGAUCUCAGACCAUUCCGGUGGUUCCCAAUCUCAGCAAACCGUCGCUACAUCGGCCUUUCGCACGUUCCUCUCUCGCCUCUCAGCGUCGAUCCGCCAAAGCCUGUCGCAGCGACGGCCGUGGUUGGAGCUCGUUGAUCGGAGCGCGAUUUCUAGGCCGGAUUCUCUCACCGAUGCGUAUUCUCGGAUCCGGAGGAAUCUCCCUUACUUCAAGGUGAACUACGUGACGAUCGUCUCCCUGGUGCUCGCGCUCUCGCUCCUCUCCCAUCCGUUCUCUCUCCUCGUUCUCCUAUGCCUUUUCGGCGCGUGGAUCUUCCUCUACCUUUUCCGUCCGUCCGAUCAGCCGCUUGUCAUUCUAGGCCGUACGUUCUCAGAUCGCGAGACGCUUGGAGUUUUGGUUCUCCUGACUAUCGUCGUCGUCUUCCUGACCAGCGUGGGUUCUCUAUUAACCUCCGCUCUGAUGAUUGGCUUCGGAAUCGUAUGCUUUCACGGCGCCUUUAGAGUCCCGGAGGAUCUUUUCUUGGACGAACAGGAACCUGCCAACACCGGCUUAUUAUCUUUUCUCGGCGGAGCCGCCACCUCCGCCGCUGUUGCCGCCGCAUCAACUCCUGGGUCAGCUCGUGUUUGA